AUGCGUAUGAUUAAUGUUUGUGACGAGUCAAAAUUGUAUAUUUGGUUAAAAGAUUUAACAGUUUAUAAUUCAAAUUUUGCAGAAUUAAGAGAUUCAAAAAAUGCUGGUUCAAAAAUAAAAUACCGCAUUUUACAACUAGCUAAAGAUGAUGUUAUUGUAAUUAUGGAUAAACAACAACAAAAAAUUGAUGUACGAAUAUCAGAUUUUAUUGUUAGUAUUGCACCUGCUGCAGUGAAAACAUUAAUUGGUAUUACAAGUUCAUUAGGAACACUUCAAACAAAUGUUGAAGAACAAAAAGAAAAAGUUAAUUCAAAAUCAUUUAAAGAUGCAACUUUUUGGUGUAUAAAUGGUUUUUGUUAUUGA